CAAAGUACUACCAGGAGAGGCUAAAGCAACAGAAAUGCAAAUGUUAACACUUCUUUUAAGUUUUUGUUUUUCACUUUCAACUGCUUUUUAUUUCCACGUAGGGGAACGAGAAGAGAAAUGCAUAAUAGAAGACAUUCCGAGUGACACAUUGGUAACAGGGACUUUCAAGAUACAGCGAUGGGACAUAGGCAGACAUGACUUCCUUGAAUCUGCUCCUGGUUUGGGAAUGUUUGUGACGGUUACAACUUACAAUGAUGAGGUAUUAUUGUCGAAGUUAUAUGGCCUACAAGGAACGUUCUAUUUUACUUCACAUUCACCGGGUGAACACAUCAUUUGCUUAGAAUCUAAUUCUACGAGGCUUGUGUCCUUUGGAGGGAGUAAGCUGCGGAUCCACUUAGAUAUUCGAGUUGGCGAACAUGACCUUGAUGCAGCCAUUGCUCAAGCAAAGGACAAAGUUAAUGAAGUUAGCUUCAAGAUUGAACAUCUACUUGAGCAGAUUGAGCAAAUAGUCAAAGAACAAAACUAUCAAAGGGACCGUGAAGAAAAUUUUCGAAUGACCAGCGAAGAUACAAAUAGCAAUGUUUUAUGGUGGGCUUUUGCACAAACAUUAAUCUUUAUCUCAUUUGGAAUUUUCCAAAUGAAGUCCCUUAAAGACUUCUUUAUAGCUAAGAAGCUUGUUUAAAAUGUCAAUAAAGACAAACAACUACCUGCUAA